AUGCCACCCAAACCAGUCAGGGCGUCUCCGACGCAUUUUGUGUGCAUUCCCCUAGCCGGGCCACAGCUCACCAGAACCGUGGCUGCUUUCUGUACCGAAGUCACCAAUCCGGCCAGCUUCGGUAUUCCUCCAACGGCAGUGCGUCCAGUCGGCACGAUGCAUCUGACGCUUGGUGUCAUGAGCCUCAAGGAUGAAGGCAUCCAGCAAGCAACCGAAGUACUCAAGGGCCUGAAAUUGAGCGAGUUCCUUGCAAGUGCUAGGGCCGGGACAUCGUCGACUGGGGAGCGACUCUCGCUAACGCUCAAGGGCUUACAUGCCAUGCAAUCGCCGGCAAAAACUUCAGUGCUUUACGCCGCUCCUGUUGACACGGAGGGGAUCCUUUACAAGUUCUGCGAGCAGAUCAAGACUACUUUCCAAGAGGCUGGACUGAUGGCCAAGGAGGACAGACCAUUAUUACUACAUGCAACUGUCGUCAAUACCAUCUAUGUCAAGGAUGAUAGAGGAAGGAGAAUUCGAGAAAGGUUGACAAUCGAUGCUCGGGACAUGGUUAGUCUCUAUGAUGACUACGUUUGGCUCGAGGAUAUGCCCCUGGACAAAGUUACAUUAUGUCGAAUGGGUGCAAAGAAGAUUGAGGGAACAGACGAUGAGGCUUAUGAAGUAGAGGCCGAAAUCGAGCUUUAG